AUGGACCGUUACGUGCCCUCUUCAAACUUCCAGCUAGAGACGGCCGGCUCGUCGUCGGUCUCUGAUGGCGCGCUGGGGGAAACAUCUCGCCAUAGCAACCCCUGCUCGACCAUCGAGAACUGGACGAGCUCUAACUCUCGCAGUCCGGGGUCGAUGAUUUCCUGCCAGCACCCAUGCGCCGUUGGAAUGCCCCCCAGCUACUCCAUGGGUCCAUCUCACCCCCCGAUGGAGACGGUGGCGGAGGGAGGGCCCCGGGUGUUUCCCUACGACCAAGGCUGGCCGAGCUCGUUGAUGGCGCCCAGUUCCACCACGGCUCCAUUGCAGCCCGGCCUGCGUCGUUCCCAUGAAUACAACGGCCCUCCAGAAUGGGGACGUGAGACAGACGGCAGUACUUUCAAUCCGGACCCCUCCUCGUACGCUUCUUCUCGCGCCCACGUCUCGCCUCAGCAUCAGCCCGAGGCUUCUGGAACACACUAUCCCUCCACGACCUUAUCACCGCCGUCGCCCACCAUCUCCGUCGCCUCGUACCAGUCCGGGCACGGCAGCAGCAAGCCUCAUCCUUCUAGCACCAAGCCGGGGAUGGAGCGUGACGACAUGCAGACCAGCCCCGAGGACACCGAAGAGGAUGCCAACGCGGACCCUCCUUAUUCGUUACUGAUCUACCAAGCUCUACGGAAUGCCCCGGACAUGAAGCUGCCCCUCCAGGGUAUCUACAGCUGGUUUGUGAAAAACACGGCCAAGGGGAAGGACCGGAACUCCAAAGGCUGGCAGAACAGCAUUCGUCAUAACCUGUCCAUGAACGCGGGCUUUGAGGCGGUUCGAGAGGAAUCGGUGCCCGGCAAGAAAUCGGUCAACUACUGGCGCCUGACGGACGAAGCCGUCAAGAACGGCAUCCAAUCUACAACCCGGUAUAGAAAGCAGGCGAAUUACAAGAAGACGCUGGGGUCGGACCCACCGGCACCUCAACGCCAACGAUCUGGCGCCAAAGGAGGCAAGGCGACGAAAAUCACUGCCAAGUUUCGAGGCCAUGUGAGCCAGGACGAGUUGCGACGCGAGCGAUGCCGGCAACGCCUGGCGUGCCAGCGUCGACCGCCGAAAGGGCUGUACGGUCAGUACUACCACCAUCACCAGUCCCCCACGACGACGGUGUCACCCUUCCAUGUGCCAGGGCCGCCUCUGACUCGCCCGUCCGUCGAGCCCUUUGAUUUGGGGAGCGUCGUCGGGUGCGCUGACGCCCCUCCCUGCACUCCGAUUUUCUGUGACAUGGCGGGGCCUGCGCCGGAUUGUCCGGCCAUGGAUAACGGAUUCAUGGGCUGGUGCGUGCUGCAGCCUUUUCCCCAUGGGCUGUUGACGGGGCCCGAAAUCUCAUCGGAUCUUCACCUGGGGGUAUAA